GCUCCGGCUCCGCCCCCCUCGCGCGCCGACAGCGCCCGCGCCUUGCCGUGAGCUUUCAUGUUGUUUGUUAUUCCGGCUGGCGGGCUUCUCCAUUAAAACCGCAGCAGCUCCUCCUCCCCCCAUCCCCCCUCCCCGUGCCUGCAUCAGCGGGAGCGCUCGCCGAGCGGUUUAAAUGUUUUUUCUGGAGGAGGGUGUCACCCUGUGGAGCGAGUUCUCAGGCUGGAGGCCGCUGCUGCUCGUCAUGCUGCUGGUGGUCGGGGCCUUCAUCGUGGCCUUCGUGCUGCUCCUGUACAUGGUGUCGCCGCUCAUCAGCCCCAAGCCCCUCAAACUCAACGGAUCGCACGUUGUGGUGACAGGGGGAUCAAGUGGUAUUGGGAAAUGUAUUGCAAUUGAGUGCUUCAAGCAAGGUGCAUUUAUAACUUUGGUGGCUCGGGAUGAGGGCAAACUGCUGCGGGCAAAGAAGGAAAUUGAGAAGCAUUCCAUUAAUGAUAAACAGGUAGUAUUGUGUAUAUCUGUUGAUGUUUCAAAAGACUAUGGACAAGUGCAAAGCGUGAUUAAACAAGCACAGGAGAAGCUGGGUCCAGUUGAUAUGCUUGUAAACUGUGCUGGCAUAUCUGUUGCGGCAAAAUUUGAAGAUAUUGACAUUGACUUUUUUGGAAGGUUAAUGGAGAUCAAUUAUCUGGGUAGUGUUUAUCCUACUCGGGCAGUCAUUCAUACCAUGAAGGAAAGGAGAAUGGGGAGGAUCGUGUUUGUGUCAUCCCAGGCAGGUCAACUGGGCUUAUUUGGUUACACAGCUUAUUCGCCGUCCAAAUUUGCUUUGCGUGGAUUAGCUGAAUCUUUACAAAUGGAGGUGAAGCCAUAUAAUAUCUACAUCACAGUUGCUUAUCCUCCUGACACAGACACACCUGGGUUUCAAGAAGAGAAUAAAGUCAAGCCUUUAGAGACCAAAUUGAUUUCUGAAACAUCAGGACUAUGCCAGCCAGACCAAGUGGCAAAAAUCAUUGUGAAAGAUGCUGUGCAAGGAAACUUUAACAGCUCAGUUGGUUCUGAUGGGUAUAUGCUUUCAUCACUCACCUGUGGUAUGUCUCCUGUCACCACUAUUACAGAGGGUCUUCAGCAGAUUGUUACCAUGGGCCUUUUCCGCACAAUUGCUCUGUUUUACUUGGGAAGUUUUGACAGCAUUGUGCGUCGUUGUAUGAUACAGCAAGAAAAGUGUAUAGGCUUGGAAAAGAAGGAUUAAUCUCUCCUUGAAUUUGGAGGUUAAGAAUCAGACUUUGAUAAAAUAAAUAUUGAAGGAGAUGUUUCAGUCUUGCCCCUCCACUCCUGAUCUCAGUGGCAUCAGAUCUUUCGGGUUGGAGUGGGGUCUGACUGUGUGGUACAAAGAGAAGACCACAGUGGUACGUUAGCAGUACAACUCUGAUGCCUUGAAUGGAAAUUGCAAUAUAAUUUAUAACCAGCAUUGAUUGGGAGAAGUGCACAUGAAAGGCUAUAAAUCAUAGAUGCAUUUUUUUAUGUAUUGUGCUGGCACUAUUUUUGUAAUUGUUCAAUUUAUUCCCCUUCUCUUCCCAUCCCAUCCAAAUUAAAUGAGAGAAUUUGGCUUCAUUUGCCCUAUGUCCUCUUAUUUAUUUUUGAUGUUUCAAUCAAAUCAGCAAUGGAGUUUUUAUUUUGCCCUUGUAACUUGUUUCUCUAGCUUUGGUUGUGGCACCAUUUGAAACUGAAUCCUUUGGCAUGUUUAAAGAUCUAAUGGGUACAGUAUAUGUAACGGGUUGACCAAAUGUUCCAUCGGAUAGUUGCUAAGCAUUUAAAUGUGACCCCCCCCAUAUUGUUUUUGAAAACCUUCAUUAAAACUGUUAAAAGCAUUCAGUAAGCUCAUGACAUUUUAACAUUAACUGAACAAUAUUUCCGCUUCAAUUCGUUAGAGUUUGCAAAGAGUUGGAUGAGCAUUUUUUUAAUUGUGGUAUGUAAACUAUUGAAUAAAAUGCUUUACUCUUUCUGUGAAAUAGUCAAACUAUAUCAUGUAGCAUGGCAUUACUUAGAAAUCAAUAAUUUCCUUUUCAAAAUUGCUAAUUUUGAGUUGACCACUGAUCUGAUUCUGUAGCCUCAGUAUUUAAUAUUUCGACUGAGUUUUUUUCUGUAUAUGUCUAUGGUGUAUUUCCAUAAAAGUCUUGUUAAUCCAGCGAAAUAACUAUAAAAUGGAUAACAACGUAAUCUACACAAUGAAAUACUUGCCUCUGAAUGUUUCAAAGCUCUUUACAGCAAGUUAAAUACUUUUGAAGCAUAGUCACUUUUAUAAUGUGGGGAAAUACAACAGACCAUUUGUGAGCAUGUAGAUAAAUGAGAGAAAUAACCAAAUAAUUGGUUACCAAUGCAUUAUGAUUUGGUGUUGGCAUUUGGUAUGGUAUGGGUGAUUUGCUGUAAUUUUUAUGCAACUAUGGACUUGAGAUAACUUAAUUGCACAACUUAGAGCAUGGGGAGGACAAACAAUGGCCAGGGUAUGAGAAAGAGUUACCCUGUUUAAAUGCUGCUAUUAGCCGUUUUUAGACCUUUGCAUCUGCUGAACCAUGUUCAUGGAGCAUUGGUUUAACAUCUCAUUUGAAAGAUAGCAUUUCCAACAGGUAUGGUGAUACUUCACUGUUGUCUGUCUUGGCUUUGUAUGCAAGUCUUUGCAGUGGAAACUGGCAAGUCUUUGACUUGACGUGAGCAUAUAAUCACUGAACUCAGGCUGAUAUGUUGAACCUUUUAAAGUAAAUUCAGGUGGUUAUCAAAGAGAAGAUAGAUCUUGGAUUUUUUUUAAUGUGUUUAAAAAGAAGAGCUACAAGACCACAGUCUUAUUUAUUUGAAAAGUUAGUCAUACAGCUUGGAAACAGACCAACUUGUCCACGCCAACCAUGUUUCCAAACUAAUCUAGUCCCACUUUCCGGUAUUUGGCCUGUAUCCCUCCAUGUACAGUACUUAUCCAAAUGCCUUGUGAAAUGUGCUGGAUCUGCAUCAACCACUUCGUCUGGCAGUUCAUUCCACUUUGUGUUUUUAAAAAAAAAAGAGUUACCCCUCAGUCUUUUUUUAAAAAACUUUCUUCUUUCCUUAAAAAAUGUCCCCUAGCUUUGAACUCUCCCAGUUAGGCAAAAUACCCUUGCUAUGAAUAUCUUAUCUAUGUUUCAUUUUAUAAAGUUCACCCCAACCACCACCCCUCCAGUGAAAAAUGUCCCAGCUAUCCAGCCUAUUUUUAUAACUCAGUGUCCAUUCACUUCAACAUCCUGAAAACUUGGCUGAAUGCUCUCCAAUUUUUAAUAAUAUCCUCCCAAUUAGCACAGUCACCCAGAACUGCACGCAGUAUUUCAGAAGAGGCCUCACCAGCGUUCUGUACAACCGGAACAUAACAUUCCCACUUCUAUACUCAGUAGUCUGAGCAAUGAAAGCUAAUGUGCUAAAUGCCACCUUUAACCACCCUGUGUAUGUGUGAUGCAAAUUUUCAAAGAAUUAUACCUGAACCCCUGGGUCUCCCUGUUCUACAGCUCCAUUAAUUGUAUAUAUCCUGCCCUUGUUUGUUUUUGCCGAACUGCAAUACCUUCCAUUUAUCCAAAUUAAACUCCAUCUGCCACUCUCCAGCCCGUUGAUCCAAUUGAUCAAGAUUUCUUUGUAAACUUAGAUAACCUUACUGUCCAUUAUACCACCAAUUAUGGUGUCAUCCACAAACUUACCAAACAAGCCUCCUCCCUUCUCAUCCAAAUCGUUUGUAUAAGUGACGAACAAAAGUGGACACAAUCCUUGUGGAACACUGCUUUACAUGCAAGUCUCUGCAGCGGAACAGUCCUCCAGUCCGAACAACAAUCUUCCACCACCACCCUCUGACACCUGCCAUCAAGCUAAUUUUGCAUCUAAUCUGCAAGCUCACCCUGAAUCCCGCGUGAUCUAAUUUUGCUAAUUAGUUCACCCCGGAACCCUGUUAAAGGCUUUACUAACAACUAAAUAACCCACGUCUAAUGCUCUGCCCUCGUCAAUCUUCCUAGUUACUUCCUCAAAAAAAACUCAAUCAAGUUUGUGAGAAAUGACUUCCCUCGCACAAAACCAUGCUGACUGUCCAUGAUCAAUCCUUGCCUCUCCAAACGCCUGUAAAUCCUAUCUUUCAAAAUCACCACCAACACUUACUCACCACCCAUGUCAGGCUCAUCAGACUGUAGUUCCCACACUUCACCUUUCAACCUUUCUGAAAUAAAGGCCCAAUAUUAGCCCCCCUUUCAUCCUCCAGCCACUCGCCUGUCGUUUAUAGAUGACACAAAUAUUCCUGGCUCCUCAAUUUCUUCUCCAACUUUCCACAACAUCUUGGGAUACACUUGAUCAGAUCCUGGAGAUUUAGCCAACUUUGUUUCCUAAGACCUCCAGCACUUCCUGCUCUGUAAUGAGAACUAUUUUCUAAACAUCGAUUAGUUAUUUUCCCAAGUUCUUUAGCCUUCAUUUUUUUUUCUCCACAGCAAAAACUGACAUGAAAUAUUCAUUUAAGAAUCUGUUCCAUCUCCUGAGUUUCAACAAGCAGAUCAACUCUAGAUCUUGCCCUAUACUCUAUUGUUUAGACAGACCAAUUCACUUGAUCUGUGUUACUUCAUAAAUCUUUUCCAGUCUAUAACAUUGCAUCCACUUGAAAUAAUGUUGAGACUUCCAUUACCUGCAUAUUGUUUUCAGACCAGAGUUUGUGAUUGCAAUACUGUCCCUGGUGUGAUGUAAGUUCUUUUAGGUUUCUGUAUUGUUCUGACAGUGAUGUGUUGCUUCCAUUGUAAUCUUAUAAAGAAUCUGUACAAUUUUUCUUUUGAUCGCAUUAGGACAGAGGGUGCCUGAGUGUUGAUUAUUUAGAGGUUUCACACAUUUCAACUUCACUGUUCCAGACGCCAAUUCUGAUUUUUGAUGUAGAACUACCUGGCUUUGGAUGUCUAGCAGUUGAUGGUGUUCAUUUUUUUAAAAAUUGUGAUUGGAAGCUAGUAGGAACUUGGAGCAUGAUGGUCUAUGUUAAUGGAGUCUACCUUGUACUGAAGCAAGUUUUGCUUGAUUGUUUUUUUGCUCUGCUCUGUCACCAUGAUUAAAUAUUGAAAUAAUGACUUUGUUAUAUCAAA